AUGAUUAUUUCACAGAGAAAAUUUGUUUUGGACCUACUGAGGGAAUAUGAAUGUCUUCACUCCCCAGCAUUGACAUCUCCCUUGGAUCCUACAAUAAAGUUGAAAGCAAAAGAAGGGGCUCCAUUGUCUGAUCCUACCUUUUAUAGAAAACUAGUUGGAAAGCUAAAUUUCCUCACAAACACUAAAUUAGACAUAGCAUAUGGGGUCCAACAUCUCAGCCAGUUCAUGCAAGAUCCCAGGGAGCCUCACUUACAGGCAGCCUACCACAUGCUGAGAUACUUAAAGAAGGAUCCUACCCUAGGACUAUACUUCAGUAAUUCAGAUGAUCUUUCACUAGUUGCCUACUGCGAUUCUGACUGGGAGGCAGCCCCAUCAGUUGGAAAUCCAAGAAACAAGAAACCAUAUCCCUCUCUUCAGCAGAGGCAGAAUACAGAGCUCUUAGAAAUGCUAUCUGCACUACAUAUUGCUAGGAACCCUGUGUUUCAUGAACGGAGUAAGCACAUUGAAGUAGACUGUCACUUUGUGCGUGCUAAACUCCAGGGAGGACUCAUUUCUCUGCACCACAUUGGCACUGGAAAACAACUGGCAGAUGUGCUCACCAAAGUUCUCACUGGGAUCAAACACCGCUCCGUUCUUGGCAAGUUGGGCGUGAUUUCAUCACAUCCAACUUGA